AAGUCUUGGACUAUUUUUAUUGACCUGAAAAAUUCUGACAUAAUAAUACAUAAUUCAUAUAAAAAAUUCUUAAUAACAUUUUUUAAAAUAUUAUUACAUCAAUUAAAAUAAUAAAAAUAAAUAAAUAACAUUAUCACAGUUGAAUUGACGAUAGAAUGAGGAACUCAUCUUGGCCUUGAAUUCAAUCCCAUUUCAGUAGAGGCCUUCCUCCUCCUCCUUCUAAACCACCACCCACGGCGGCGCGUACAAACACGACACAAUGAACUCUCUCGUCUCCACUCUCAAAUACUGGCUGGUUGACCACCCAACGAUCCUCCACUUUCAAUGGAUCCAACCUCAAACACUAGGCUCCACCCCAACCUUCCUCGCAACAACAGUCCUAACCUAUCUCACUCUCACCCUCCUCCUCUCCCGAUCCCAAUUCCCACCCUUAACACCCAAACUCCUCAAACCAAUUACAGCCGUCCACAGCCUCAUCCUCCUCGUCCUCUCCCUCAUCAUGGCCGUCGGAUGCUCUCUCUCAAUCCUCUACUCAUCCGAUUGGGCCUCCGCAAUCUGCUUCCCUAAAGAGACCAAGCCCAAUGGGCCGCUCUUCUUCUGGGCCCAAGUCUUCUACCUCUCAAAGCUUCUCGAGUUCGGAGACACUCUUCUCAUCAUCCUCGGUGGCUCAAUCCGACGGCUCUCGUUCCUCCACGUGUACCACCACGCCACCGUGGUGGUGAUGUGUUACCUUUGGCUCCGGACUUCUCAGUCUCUAUUCCCAGUGGCGCUCGUGACUAAUGCGUCAGUGCACGUGAUCAUGUACGGGUAUUAUUUUCUUUGCGCGGUUGGGAUCCGACCCGGAUGGAAACGGGUCGUGACGGACUGUCAGAUAGUGCAGUUUGUUUUCAGCUUUGCGGUUUCGGGUCGGAUGUUGUACUUGCAUUUUUUCGGGUCCGGGUGCUCCGGGAUUUUGGGCUGGUGCUUCAAUGCGGGUUUCAACGCCUCACUUUUGGCUCUGUUUGUUAAUUUUCAUGCUAAGAGUUAUGCUAGUAGGAAAAGGACCAAAGUUGAGGGUGUGGAUUACCAUGAUGAUAAUAAAGUUAAAGGCUCAUAGUAUUUUUCAAUGGGGUUCUUAUUGGGACUAUUUUUGUUUUCUUUGAGUUUUAUAUUUGUGGUUUGGUGGCUGAAAAUGAUUGGGAUUGGUCGUAAACUUUAAUAUAUUGUUGAUUGAGAAAUGAGAAAGCUGCAUCUUUCAUUUUUGCUUGGUUUAGUUCAAUGCAUCUUUGUCUCUCUUUUGUCCC